AUGGCGUACUCCACCUCGACGGUGGCCUCCGUCCUCGUGGGCGCCGUUGUCCUGCUGUACUUCAUCUCCCCGCUAGGCAAGCGAUCCAGUAGUACCGUGUCACUGCCUCCUGAUCCUAAGCCUGCGCCUGUGAUCGGCAACAUUCACCAGCUGCCCAAGAGCUUGCAAUGGCUGCACCUAUAUCACAUGAGCAAGGAGUAUGGACCCAUUAUGCACUUCAGCAUGGCGGGACAGCCGCUCAUCAUCCUGUCUACACAUAAGGCUGCGCACGAUCUGCUCAGUAAGAGGAGUGCCAGGUACUCGGAUCGUCCCAGGAUGGUCAUGGCCGGCGAGCUGUACAAUGACCAGUACAAGCUGCACCAAAAGAUGGAGGCGCCCCUGUUGACACUCAAGGCGUCCAGCACGUAUCUCCCCCUUCAGGACUUGGAGAGCCAGCAGCUAUUGUUGGAUGAGAUCACGGAGAUGGAGACACAUGGCGAGAGGGGUGUCGACUUUCACCAUCACCACGAGCGAGCCAUGGCCAGCACCAUCUACUGUCUCAACUACGGCUAUCGCCUCAAGACGGGCCACGAGCAGUCCCUGCAGGACGGCAAGAAGGUGCAGGCCGAGUUUGCCAGGACAGGCCAGGUUGGAGCCUACCUCGUGGACUCGAUCCCCGCCCUCAACCGCUUGCCUCGCUUCCUUGCCCCGUGGAACAAGGAGGCUGAUGAGCUGUUUGCGCUCGAGUGUAACCUCCACGAAGGCAACCUGAACAAGGGCUUGUCAAACCCCGGCUGGAACUUUAGCAAGUACAUGAAGGCCUCGCCCGAGGGCAAAGACAUGGACAAGACAGAACUGGCUUUUGAUCUGGGCAUCCUUGCGGACGCAGGCCUCGACACGUCCACUGUGGCGCUCGACUGGUUCAUCGUGGCCUGGAUCACCAGUGGCAGCACAUGGGUGUCCAAGGCCCAGAAGCUGUUGGACGAGGAUGUGGGCAAGGAUCGCAUGCCCACAUUUGACGAUCGCCCCAAGCUGGCCUUUAUCGAUGCCAUCGCCAGCGAGACCCUGCGAUGGCGUCCUGUUGUCGUGGGUGGCGUACCGCACUUUAUCAAGACGGAGGACUCGUACAUGGACUACCGCAUCCCAGCCAACUCCAUCGUUCUGCCCAACGCCUUUGCCAUCUGUCGUGACGAGUCCGUGUUCGGCGCCAAUCCUAACUCCUUCGACCCCGAGCGUUGGAUGACAGGCGACACGACACAACCUCCCACCGUGGACGCCUGCGGUCUCAACACGACUGCCCUCAAGGAUCUGCCGCAGACAGGCUUCGGAUUCGGUCGUCGUAUCUGCACCGGCCGUAUCAUUGCCCGCAACCAGCUCUUCAUCCAGAUGGCGCGCAUGCUGUGGGCCUUUGACGUCGAGGCUGGCAUCCGCGAGGAUACAGGUCAGAGGCAUGUCGUCGACGACAUGGACUGCACGGAGGGCUUUGUCACGCUACCCAAGCCUUUGAGAACGGUGAUGAAGGUGAGAGGUGAGCAUGUCACGAGGAUAGUCAAGGAGAGAGGUACCACCCACAACAUUAACCAUGCGGCUGUGCUAGAGCAGAUGAAGGUGCAAAAGAACUGA